GGAAAUUACCGAUGGAGAGUAUGUGGGUCCCGCCUUCGAAUAAUUUGCACGUCACCGAUAGCCCAUGCCGGCAAAAGAUUUUCACAUCAAGAUUAUUACGGAAAUUAAUAAUCUUUCCUUUCCAUGUGUAUAUAUAAAUAUUGAUAAAGUAUUAGGAAAACGAUAGAUAAAAUCAAUCAACAUUUCAACUUUCAAGAAACAUGGAGCUAAAGCCCGGCCUCUCCGCUUUCAUCACCGGCGGUGCUUCCGGCAUCGGAAGAGCUCUUUGCAUAGCUCUUGCGCAAAAGGGUAUAUUUGUCACAAUUGUUGAUUAUUCUGAGGAUAGGGGAAAAGAAGUUGCAUUGCUUGUGCAACAAGAAAAUCUCAAGUUUCAUUCAGGAUUAAAAUUCCCAUCUGCUAUCUUUGUAAAAUGCGAUGUCAGUAACAAAGGAGAAGUGGCUGCUGCAUUUGAAAAACAUUUGGAAGUGUAUGGAGGUUUGGAUAUUUGUAUUAAUUGUGCGGCAAUUGUUACUCCUAUACUAUUUCAAGAGGACAAAACAGAUGGGUCAAACUCAUGGAGAAAAGCCAUUGAUGUUAAUCUUGCAGCAGUUGUUGCUUGCACCCACAGGGCGAUAAAAAUAAUGGAGGCUGCAAAAAAACCGGGUGUGAUCAUAAAUUUGGGUUCAGCAGCGGGACUGUAUCCACACUUAGGUGACCCUAUCUAUUCUGCCACCAAAGGGGGUGUGGUUAUGUUUACUAGAGCGCUUGCACUCUACAAGAAAAAAGGGAUUCGAGCCAAUGUACUUUGCCCAGAGUUUAUUAAAACUGAAAUGGGUGAAAAAGUGGAUUAUCGAUUUAUUGAACGCAUGGGAGGUUACGUUCCUAUGGAAACCUUGAUUCAAGGUGCGUUUGAGCUUAUAACCGAUGAGAGUAAAGCAGGAUCCUGUUUAUGGAUCACUGCACGUAGGGGUUCGGAAUAUUGGCCCACUCCAGCUGAAGAAGCAAAAUACUUGGUGGUUCCUUCAAGAUUAAACAAACGAUUUUCAUCAGUCAUUAAUUCUAAUGUUCAAAUCCCCCAGAGCUUUCAGAAAGUAAUUGUUCACACGCUGAAUCACAAUUUCCGUAAUGCUACAAGUAUAGUGCGUGCACCACUGAAGUUACCGAUUAAACCAGGCCAUGUACUAUUGAAAAUAAUAUACGCUGGUGUUAAUGCAAGCGAUGUAAAUUUUAGUUCUGGUAGUUAUUUCAGUGGAAGCAAACAAGAAAUCAGUUCUCGACUUCCAUUCGAUGCUGGAUUUGAGGGUGUUGGAUUAAUAGCUGCAGUUGGUGAUGGCGUUAAAAAUCUAAAAGUUGGCACUCCCGCUGCGAUCAUGACUUUUGGAGCUUAUGCCGAAUUCGCUAUGGUACCUUCGAAACACAUUCUUCCUGUAGCUAGACCAGACCCCGAAGUUGUUGCCAUGCUUACUUCUGGACUUACAGCGUCAAUUUCUCUCGAAAAGGCAGCACAUAUGGAAUCUGGAAAGACCGUUCUUGUCACUGCUGCUGCAGGAGGAACUGGCCAAUUUGCAGUUCAGCUUGCAAAAUUAGCUGGAAACAAAGUGAUUGCAACAUGUGGAGGUAAAGAUAAGGCUAUACUUUUAAAAGAUCUGGGAGUUGAUCGAGUCAUCGACUAUAAGGAAGAAUCUAUCAAAAAUGUUCUUAAGAAGGAAUUCCCAAAAGGUGUUGAUAUCGUUUAUGAAUCCGUCGGUGGUGAUAUGUUUGAUAUUUGUAUGAAUGCGUUAGCGGUUUAUGGACGGUUAGUGAUCAUUGGAAUGAUUUCUCAGUACCAAGGAGAGCAUGGAUGGCAACCGCGAAAUUACAAGGGAUUAUGUGAGAAACUCUUAGCAAAAAGUCAAACUGUGGCUGGAUUUUUCCUUAUUCAAUAUGCUCACUUAUGGCAACAACAUCUUGAUAAUCUGGUUCAUCUUUUCUCUGUGGGAAAACUAAAGGUUUCAAUAGACCCGAAAAGUUUUGUGGGCGUUCAAUCCGUUGUUGAUGCAGUUGAAUAUCUUCAUUCUGGUAAAAGUGUUGGAAAGGUGGUCGUUUGCAUUGACCCGAGUUUUAGUCAACAAACAGCUAAGCUUUAAGGUGGUUAGUGAAAAACAAGGUUAAAACAACACAUACACACCGGCAGACCGCCUGUAUCCAUGAAUCAAGCUGAGUAAAGCAUACACCUACAUUUGGAAAUAAUAUCAUAAUUUUGAUGAUAAUAAUAUGUAUUUGGGAUUAGUUUGUCUUUAUGUUAUUAUGUAUACUCUUUAUGAGUUUGGACAAUGUGUUGAAUUGUUUCUGGCAAUCUAUUAGUUCCCGUUUAUAUUUAUGA